UUGGUUUGAUAGCAGCUUAAAUUGCAGUUGAAAUCCCCAAUUCGAAGUUCACUCUUGAAUUUAGAAUAUCAGUCGUGUGAAAAUCUGGCUAAUAAUUGUAGCGGGACCGUAUCUGGGAGUAUUCAUUCCAUUGUGGUUUGGUUUCUGUCCGAAAGGACAUAUCGUUCGGAGGCAUACGAGUUUUUUUAACUUAAAGCAAAUAUCAAUAACACCCCAUCCAUCUUGGUUAAUUGGGACCAUAUUUAAGGCUAUCCGUUGGCAAGGAUCAAAGUAGCUUUUUCGCUGUGCAAAAAAAAACUAUAUGAUUACGAAGUAUUUACAUCAUCUGCGAUUACUCGGCUGGUCACAUCUGUAAGAUAACAAGUUACGGGGUGUCGGACGCUGCGCCGGUGUUACUAGAGAUUGAAGAGGCCACUGGUGAAUCCUCAGGUCCUCUACAGGCAUGUAGCUGCGGCAUGUUGCAGCAUAAUAACUUUUUUUUCUGGGUCGAUCCGGCCACGUUGAAAUCGCCGAUCGGUCAACGGUCCCUCCGUGUUGACCGCAAGGGCUGUCUGUGCUAUCCUCUUGGCCCGAAGUGAUUCUCGCCGUUUCAGAAAGCGGCUCCAGAAGCAUGUUACGACCGCAGUUAUCAUGGUUAGCGCUUGUUGCUGUAGUUUGCUUAUUUCGGCCUGUGGCCGCAGCGCCUUCCCCAGCACAAUUGGCCUACAGUUACUCGACAAAUGAAAAUCAAGUUUCAAUAAAUCAACAGCGGCGCAUAUCCCAAGAAAAGUUGCAUCGCGCAGUUUCUCGUUUUGCGGCAACGGGUCGCGGCAUCGCCGGUGUCACCGAAUACGUUAUGAAAGCAGUCGAUCGUUCUAUCGACCGUAUACCCUCGAUACCUAGCCUAGAUCCUCAGGAGUGCAUGAAGCGUUCGGUGUGUGAGGCACACAAUCAGCCUGAUAGAUAUGGUCUACUGGGGCUAACGUUGCAGCUGAUUUUUCCUCCAUAUCUUGCUGGCGAAGAUGAAGAUGCACCAAUGGUCUCAAAGUAUCAGCAGGCAGCAAGAUAUGGCCGAAGAAACGAUGCCGAAUGUGGGCGACACUUCGAUGGAUGUAUCGUUUCUCCGCUUGAAGUCACCCAGAAGAUUAUCAAUUACUUAAUACGCUAGAGCCGACUCGUUUCCGCUAUUUUCAAGAAUCUACUGCAGUAAGAGGAGCGCAUGAGGAGGUUUAGUAAAAUCUUUAUCUAUUAAAACUGUCUUGACAAUCCGUUCCAACAACUCGGAUUUUUUUUUGCAAUCUGCCUAGACAAGCGAAGCAAAUCAGAAUGAUUCCACAGGACCGAAACUAUUAUAGAGCGUAACACUCUCAAAAAUCGAAAGUUUCAGCACCAGCCAUUUUUGAGGUAGGAACGUCGACACGCAUGCCUUUUGUUUUUCUUUCUUUACUUUACAAAAGCAUCACUGCAGUAGCGUGUCAUAAUGAGUGCUACCAUGCUGUAUCGAUUAUCGGUUACUUAUUUUUGCGCUGCUAAAAAAAAAAAGUGAUCAACUUAAAACCGCUAAGCUUAAAGGUCAGAAAGGUAGCUCUUAGUUAGAGCUACCUUGCUAUCCUCCUCUAAAUUUAUGGCUUGCGAGAGUAAGAUUAAUGGUUCCCUUCAUAUGUAAGUCAUUGCAGCGAUAUCUGAUCUUGCUAUCGCUAUUCGAAGUAGCUAAAGUGCUCCUAGACAAAUUGUGCAAUGAAAGGAACAACAUUUUCAGCUAAGCAAGCUACUUUCAAGCCCUAGGAUCACCUAUUUGUAAUAACUUACAUAUCAAUGCAUCCAUCCAUUAUCUAGUCAUUUAGUUUCUCUCAUACAGUGCGCGUAUAAACACCCGCAACAGGUUGUCCCCAUCUGAACACGUGAAAACAAGCCCGGCGCCCUCUAGUAUCGAAUUUAUUUAGUAUUGAGUGUACACGUAGUGUGCGACAACGAACAUACAAUCUUAUUAUAUUUACUCUCUUAUUCUAUCAUCUUUCAGUAGCAAUUACACGGAAAAUAGCUAUAUCGUAUUCUGCAGGAUACCAUAGGUACAGGAAUAGAGUUAGGUAAAGACCCGUGAAAAGAUCGAAAUACUUUGGCUUUACGUUAUAUACAUUCGAAAUAAUUCUACGUUUAUAUUCGAAAUCUAAUAUCUAGGUACCUAUGAUUAUGUUUGACGAACUUCGAAAUGAAUGAAUUGGCUUUCAUUUGUUCUUGUCUAUGAAGUUCUAUCGAUUUCGGCGCAAUUCCUCAUGAUUAUAGUGAUUCUUGUGAAUAUGAAAUACUGUAUUGAGCAGCUUCGAAGCGCGUUAUUUGUGGUGGCCAGACCCAAGGCAGAUGGUAGGCGUUCCACAAAUAAAUCGCUUCCACUCACAGGGUACAAGAAGUCUGUUUGUACUGAUUGAUGUCACGUGAUAGUCACUGUCAAAACUGCCAAAAAACAGUGCGAGUUCUAAAACUAAUUGGUGGAUUAUUACUAUUAUUGCUAUACAAACGUGCAAUUGUAUUGCAAGUCUGAUUUUUAAUUAGCGACAUUAACAGGUACCAUACUUGGCUGAAAGCUCACACAUACGCCCUCGUACAUUGUUAGAAAAAAAAAUUUGUCAAAUACUACAAUGUCUAAGGAGUCAUAUGCUAAUAAAGGUACUUAAUAUUCACCCAUUUUCCCAGGUGAUAAUUUAUUAGAUGUGAGCAUUUCGUCACUUACUACGGCCCGAGGUAAUAAACACUAUUACGAAACGUAUCCGUGUUAUAUAUAUAUACAUGUAACCGAUACCUAUACAUAUCUUAUACCUAAACACUUUAAUUAGAAGCGAUAAACACUUAUCAUAGCCCGGUCACGGCACAGCAGAUAUUCAAGCAGCGUGUGCAGUAAGAAGAAUUUUCUUCGGUACGACUGUACUUAACAUGAAGGAGCCAUGCACGGCAAGAACUGAAUCUUCAGUUCAGUACUUGGUCUAAAACCAGCUGGAAAGAAGAUAAUUUGCCUUGUGAGGGCUCUAAAUGAGUACGUAGUUAUAGGACCUACGAGAAGAACCUUCACAAUGAAGAGAACUGAUUUUUAUUUGGUACAUAGGAAAUAUUUAGGCUAUUUUCUAAGUCCGUGAAACCUUUUUC